UGGCUCCUCAGUCAUACGGUCCCGUAACCUCCUGGGCGCAGUCUACUCUCGUCUCCACGGACGCUCUUCUGUCUGGAUAUCGUAGCCCGUUCCCCUUUCACCUUUGGAUUAUAUUCCCUCUGAUGGUUUUCAACACAAACUCGAUGCAUAGAAAUGGGUAAACUGCACUCGAAACAUGCCGCAAUUUGUAAACCAAGGGAGAGCCCGGAAGGCGACAGUUUUGUAGUCAAUGCCUGUUUGGCGAGAAAGGGAAUCGACGACUGGCUCGUGAAGCAGAAAUACUACUGCACGAGCUCGCGCCUCGGGCAACCGGACUGUCACCACAAGAACAACUGCGGUUUGACUGCGCGGGACUCUCUGGAAGAAGCAUGUCCUGAAGGCAUUAGAAAUGAACACUACCGUUUAGAAGUGGCUUUACCCCCAGAGAAAACGGACAGCUGCUGUGUGGAGGAGAAGAUGCAGGAGAGGGACAGCCAAUCUCCCGCAGGGCCCCAGAAGCAGCUCCAGUUUGAAGAGUUGGAGUGUGCCGUGUCUGUGGAGGAGGAUAACAGGCAGGAGUGGACCUUCACCCUUUACGACUUUGACAACAGCGGAAAAGUCACCAGAGAGGAUAUCACCAGCCUGCUUCACACCAUCUACGAGGUCGUGGAUGCCUCUGUCAACCAUUCUCCGAGCAGCAGCAAGACACUGCGGGUCAAGCUCUCUGUGGCUCCUGACUCCAGCCAGCGGUGGAGGAGUUGCACGCAGGGUGCAGCAGACAUGUCCCACCCCAGAGAGAAGAAUGAGAAGAACAUCGAAGACCCCAAGAGUGCAGACAAGAAGAGUCGAGCUCUCUUAAGGCGUCACCACAGUGACCACCACACCCAGCCGGGCUGCCAACGCCACUGUGUGGAUGAGAACCUGGAACGCAGGAACCACUACUUGGACCUGGCAGGCAUCGAAAACUACACAUCCCGUUUCGGAGCCGCCACUACCACAGAGCCGCCAAAGGCAGAGCCUCAGAUUCGGUCAUCCAACCAGACUCGCUCACGCUCCCACGAACCAGAAAACGGCCACUCACACGUUCACCACCGCCGCCUGCAUUCUAUUGUGGACACUGUUUCUCCAGACAACCUCCACCUCUCCCGUACACGAGGACAAGACUCAGGGAAACACGCCCUCCGCUCUCCUAAGACUCACAGCCGCACGCCUCCUGCGCAGAUCAGCAGCAGGGUAAUGAGAAGCAGAGGUGCGCCCCCUCCCCCAGCACUACCCAGCCAAACCCCCCCUCACCAAUCCUCUGCCCCAUAUCGCAAGCACAAGCAGCGGUCUAAGGACAGCCAGGCUUACAGAGCCUUACAGGGCCCUGUGGCUGCUCCAGGACCAGUUGUGGAGAGGGAGCAGGUGCGGGACAUGCCCAGUGUCUUGCUGUAUGAGGGGGGACUGGCACAAGUGGUGCAGCGGCAUGAGCACCACCACCAUCAUGAACACCAUCACCACUACCACCACUUUUACCAGUCCUGAAUUUCCACCCUGGCUGAAGGGCUCAGCAGUGAGCUCCGUAAACCAACACAGGGCUUCUACACUUUGUGCAGCACUGCAGGGGCUCUGUAGAGGACACAAGACAGAAGGGGGUCAUGGGAGAUUCUUCCCCAGUACUGAGAGGUUAUUAAUCAGUGUUAUUUUGAGGCUGGUCAGACAUUUAAAAGCUGAGGUGUGCAGCAGGACAUUGAUUUAGAGCCACUGUACGACCAGGACUGAGGAUCACAGCUAAGGGGUUAGAGAGGUGGUGCAGAGUGACAAUUUAUUAAAACAUCCCAGAAGGCUCUCUUCCCCUGAGUCUGUCAUCCUCUGUCUGAUGAAAGACUCCAAACCAGCAACCCAACCCUUCCAGAACAAUAUGCCAAAAGGUUUUUAAGGAAAAGGAGGGAUAAGAGGAAGAAAGACUGAGAUGUAAAGAAUAAAAUAUAUGAAGGAGUAUAGGUGAGAGCAGGGCAUGGUGUGUGCCUGUGUGCGUGUUUGUAUGUGGGUCAGUGUCUGUGUUUGUGCGUGUGGGUGAGUGCGUGUGUGAAUAUGUGAGUGUCACGACACUGGUGUCUGUUAAAAACCACUUGAAGUGCGCUCAUGGGUGUGUGAGUAUUUAAAGCAGGCUGUCAGGCAGUUUUUUUUUUUUUUUUUUUAGAUGAAAAUGAAGAUCCUGGUUCAAGCAUGCAAUACACCACAAGCAAAACAUGGAAGAAAAAUGAUGAAAUGCUAUAAAGUUAAAAAAAAAAACUAAAAAAAAAAACAGAGAUCCCAAAUCUGCUGCUACCUCUGAUUUUAUCCUAAUUGUUGUAAAGUUGACUUUGACUAAGAAGAUAUUUUCAAAUUACUUUGGAACUUUUUUUUU